AUGGCCUCAGCAAAUGCUAUUUCUACUGCUUCAAUCCUUGCUUCUCCCUCUAAGCAAGGAGGUUUAAGAGGUAGGAAGGCGAACAGAUUGCUGCAAGGACAACAGAGAUUCAAUUAUAAACCCACCAAGAGCAGCAAGUUUGUUGUCAGGGCUAAUGCUAAAGAUAUUGCUUUCGAUCAGAAGUCUAGGGCUGCUAUGCAGGCUGGAAUUGAUAAACUUGCUGAUGCUGUUGGUCUCACCCUUGGACCCAGGGGAAGGAAUGUUGUGUUGGAUGAGUUUGGAUCUCCGAAGGUUGUUAAUGAUGGAGUAACUAUUGCCAGAGCCAUUGAAUUGCCUGACGCUAUGGAGAAUGCUGGUGCUGCACUUAUCAGAGAGGUUGCAAGCAAGACCAACGAUUCUGCUGGUGAUGGCACAACAACAGCAUCUGUCCUUGCUCGUGAAAUUAUUAAGCUUGGUUUAUUGAGUGUUACUUCUGGUGCCAAUCCAGUUUCUGUGAAGAAAGGGAUAGAUAAAACCGUGCUAGGGUUAAUUGAGGAGUUGGAAAAGAAAUCCAGGCCCGUUAAAGGACGAGAUGACAUCAAGGCUGUGGCAUCUAUCUCUGCUGGCAAUGACGAGAGUAUUGGAACCAUGAUUGCCGAUGCAAUUGAUAAAGUGGGACCAGAUGGUGUCUUGUCCAUUGAAUCGUCCUCUUCUUUCGAGACAACUGUAGAUGUGGAAGAAGGAAUGGAGAUUGAUAGAGGAUACAUAUCCCCGCAGUUUGUCACUAAUCCUGAGAAGCUCAUUGUUGAGUUUGAGAAUGCCCGAGUAUUGGUAACUGAUCAGAAAAUUUCUGCCAUUAAAGACAUAAUCCCCUUGUUGGAGAAAACAACACAAAUUCGAGCUCCUCUCCUAAUUGUUGCUGAAGAUAUCACUGGAGAGGCUCUGGCUACUCUUGUUGUUAACAAGCUGCGAGGUAUUGUGAAUGUGGCUGCCAUCAAAGCCCCAGGUUUUGGUGAAAGGAGAAAGGCUCUUCUUCAGGAUAUAGCUAUUUUAACAGGAGCUGAAUACCAAGCUACUGACUUGGGUCUCCUUGUUGAGAAUACACCAGUAGAGGCUUUGGGUAUCGCUAGAAAGGUGACGAUCACUAAAGACUCAACAACCCUUAUCGCUGAUGCUGCAUCUAAGGAUGAGCUGCAAGCCAGGAUUGCACAAUUGAAAAAGGAGUUGUUUGAAACAGAUUCUGUCUACGAUUCUGAGAAACUGGCAGAAAGGAUUGCUAAAUUGUCUGGUGGUGUUGCGGUUAUAAAGGUAGGUGCUGCAACAGAGACUGAACUUGAGGACCGCAAACUCCGGAUUGAAGAUGCGAAGAAUGCUACAUUUGCUGCUAUUGAGGAGGGUAUUGUACCUGGUGGUGGGGCUGCCUUGGUUCAUCUGUCAGAAUGUGUUCCUGCUAUAAAGGAGAAGCUUGAAGAUGCUGAUGAGCGACUAGGUGCAGAUAUUGUGCAGAAGGCAUUGAUAGCACCUGCAUCCUUGAUUGCAUCUAAUGCUGGAGUCGAAGGUGAGGUGGUCGUUGAGAAGAUUAAGGCAAAAAAGCCAAAACCUAAGACAGCUGCUCCUGCUGCCCCUCAAGGUUUAACGGUGUAA